AAAAGAUAACCGCCGGCGUCUCCACUCCUGCCCACUAUUGAAGGCGUUAUUGAACUUCGAUUCGUCAGCCUUCUUGGAGCAACUCAACUACCGAACCAUCUCGAGCCUCUUGUGUCUUGAACUUUUUCUUUCCUCUUUAAUUUCUCUAGUCAUCAUCCGAAAAUAAGUAAGGUUAUCGUAUACAUCACCGACAAAUUACAGGUUACGGCUCAUCCAGGACCCUUCCGACCCUACACGCUCAUCUCUUCCAGAGCUCUACCACACCAACCAUCACAGCCAUGGACUUCAACAGCUCUUUGCCUCACCCUGCGGGGGUCAUCUCGUUCCUCGACACCGAUCUGUACAAGCUGACGAUGCAAUGCGCCGUCCUCAAGUACUUCAAAGACGUUCCUGUCACCUACUCCUUCACAAACCGCACGCCCGAGAAGAAGUUGUCCCGCGAAGCUUUCGUCUGGCUCGAGGAACAGGUCAUGAAGCUCGGGAACAUCAGUCUUUCCCCCGAAGAGCUCCAGUACCUCAAGACUCACUGUCCUUACCUAACCGAGGAGUAUCUUGAAUACCUUUCCGAAUUCCGGCUUCGACCGCGAGAGCAGGUCGCCGUUAGCUUCCGCCCUACUGAUGACUCAAAUCUCGGAGAUAUCCACUAUGAUAUCAAGGGCACAUGGGCCGAGACUAUUCUCUACGAAAUUCCGCUCCUAGCACUUACUUCUGAAGCCUACUUCAAGUUCAUGGACACGGACUGGGAGUAUGAGGGCCAGGAAGAGAAGGCUUUCGAAAAGGGCAUGCGCCUUCUCGAGGCCGGCUGCGUGUUCUCGGAAUUCGGAACGCGCCGGCGCCGCGACUACCACACGCAAGCUUUGGUGUUUAGGGGUCUCACCAAGGCGGCCAAGGAAGCCGAGAAGAGGGGCCUGACCGGCAAGCUCUCCGGUACUAGCAAUGUUCACCUUGCCAUGCGCUUCAACAUCCCACCCGUUGGCACCGUUGCGCAUGAGUGGUUCAUGGGUAACGCCGCCAUCCUUGGCGAUUACACGUCCGCUACAGAGGAAGCCCUUUCCCGCUGGGUUGGAUGCUACGGCCCUGGCGUCCUCGGUAUCGCGCUCACAGAUACCUUUGGAACUCCUGAAUUCCUUAGAGCGUUCAGCAAGCCGAUAUCGGCCUCUGGCGAGCCAGUUCCCCAGCCAAAGCAUCGCAAGGUGAGCAUGGCCGAUACUUUUAUCUCCGCAGCAAAGGAGAUCAUCAAGGAUCUCCAUCCCGGCAAGACCUAUGCCGAAGUUUUCACUGGUGUCCGCCAGGAUUCGGGAGAUCCGAAGGAGUUUGUCAAAGUUAUGCGCAAGUUCUAUGAUGAACAAGGCAUCAAGGACAAGAAGGUUAUCGUCUUCUCCGACUCGUUGGAUAUCGAUAGGUGCUUGGAGUAUAAGCAAGUUGCUGAAGAGGCUGGCUUCCAGCCUACCUUCGGUGUUGGUACCUUCUUUACCAAUGACUUUGUCCACAAGUCUACCGGCAAGAAGUCCACGCCCCUGAAUAUUGUCAUCAAGCUGAGCUCGGCUGCCGGAAACCCAGCAGUCAAGAUCAGUGAUAACGCGGGCAAGAACACCGGAGAUAAGGCGACGGUCGAGAAGGUCAAGCGAGAGCUCGGAUACAUCGAAAAGGACUGGAGCGAGGGUGACGAGUCGGCAAGAUGGGGUCAUGAGGGUGAUGCUGCUUAAGGCAUGAGUCUUCAGUUUUGGUCUUCGAGUUUUGGGAGGUUAUACCAUGCAUGCGACUGUUUUUCUGCUUCUUCUCCUCACGGUGGGACGGAAAAUUUCUUACCGGACUACACAAUCCAUUGGAUGCGGCUACCCUUGGGUAAAAGCUCAAGGUCUUGGAUUCGAGCCCUAAUGGUGAUCAUUGACUGAUAUUCAGUUGACUACCCAACCAACCCAGCCCAAAGGCGAGGUCGUGAAGA